AUGUAUAAAUUAUACAUUAUUGUCAUUGUCAUUUCAUUUGUGUAUAAAACAACUGCAAAAGAUUUAGAACAAUGCGUAGGAAAAGCAACAUUGUUGAAUAAUACUUUAACAACAUAUUCAGUAGUUCAAUUAAAACCAUUAGAAUUACAGGAUUGUCUAAUGUUAUGUUGCUCUCAAGAAAAAUGUUUAGCUAUAAAUUUUUAUUUUAAGACAACUACGAAAUCAAACUGUUCUCUAGUAUAUUACAGAAAUACUAUCUGUUUUGAAAAGAAAAAUGGAUGGAAUCAUUAUAUAAUUAGAAAAUCUGAUCGACCAAUUGCAUUUAUAGUUUAUUCUCCGAAAACUGCACAUUUAUGUAGCGGUAGGUUACUUAAAUAA